UUUUUUACCUUCCCUGUCAUGAUAUUCAUCGGAUUUUUCUUUUUGUGAGUCACUCGUAAUAACUUUUACCCUUAGUUAAAUGUCCUUCUUAGGAUCAUGAUGCCCAUGCCAUAUUUCCUACUUUUCUCCUCGACUGCUUAAAAAUCAAAUUCGAAGAGAAGCACCCACCUGUGCUUAUACUUUAAGAAUAUCGUGAUAAGUACGUAAAGGAUCAUGGGUGGUGGUUGCUCUGCGUGUUGCCAGCCGAAGCACCCGGUACUGACCGAAGUGGAGGAUUUGGUCGCGGAGUGGCAGGAGCUGAAAGACAUCAGAUACGAAAAAGAGAUUCUGCGCAAAUGCCUCCGCAUCCGCUCCGUGCGGGAGGGGGAGCUCAUUGUCCGGAAGCUACAGGACAAGCGAAAUCUGAUGCAGGCCCGAAAAAUGGCCUCCAGCAGGGGAGAAGAGUCCCCCCCGCAAACCACCGCGGGCGUGAUGGGGGCGAUUAGGGAAGAAGCGGCAGAGGCGGAUCGGGCGACCGCGGUCAACAAUCUUCACGACGAGGCCGACAACAUUAGCGUCGAGGAGAUGGUGGCGGAAAUGAACUCGCUCGACCCAACCAGACAAAAAAUCCUGGAAGACGAAUUUCCCGCGCUCUCCGGGACGGGCUACACAAGCACAGUGGUACUGAUUCGGCUUUUGAUUUCAGUUUUAAAUGGUGCUUGUUCUACGUGAGUGAUCUUUGUUCACUUCUACGUCCAGCUCCAGCGCACACACAAAUCCAAAUGUAACUGUGACUGUGUUCCUCUUGCCUCAGCUGAUUCGUCACGUAGUUGAUAGUGCCGCUUAAUUAGAUCACGGUCGUCGAAAACGAAUCGCUGGUCGUCGUCGGCCGAGGCUUAGCACAAUAAUAAAGGGUCACAGAUGAUGAAAUCAACACUUUAAACUCACACGCCGAUGAAAUAAUUUAUUUCAGCUUUCCGCCAGUACCCUGUCCCCGCAGUCCAAGUUUGUCGGCGAGGUGCAGCGGCGCCAGGAGACGAUGAAGCAGAGAUUUGUGGAGCGCGAGGCGAUAUGGAUUGUAAAAAUGUCUGGGUCUGGAAGGUUGGAACUUGUAAUGCUAGCUUCCCAUACGUAGAAAAUCUGUAUUGCAUAACCAGCAAAAGUCGCAGCCUCGUUUGUCAUACAAAAACGCAGUUUCUCAUGCGGAUUGCCUAUGAGAAAGCGUUUUGGGAAGUUGUCAUGCCGGACUGCAUUCGAAAGUGUUUUCAUCAUGCAUUUUUAGCAUCACAAGUUUCCAGACCCAGACAUUUUUGCAUUUCAUAGGCGAGUCUGCUGCCCCGGUACGGAGCGGUGAACAUUCACGACUCCCCGUGCGGGCGGGAGUGCAACCCGCGGAUCCCGACCACGGCGCUGAUCCAGCGUAUCCGCAUCGAAAAAUUGGAGCGCGACGUGCGCGACUGGGAGCUCGCGACGGACCGGUUGGAACUGAAGUCGCAGGCGGAACUCCUGCGCCUGCAGUGUGGGGACGAGGACGAACCCCAACACACCACGGCCGAGCUCGUCGGUCAGGCCAACGCGGCAGAGCACAAGCCGAAGGGCGGCUUGAAAAUGGGCUGGGAGUACUUCAAGGGGAACCUGCUCAAGUCAAACGAAGAAGAACCAGAACGAUUCCUGACGCAGAAAGCAGGUAAAGAGAGAGUUGUUUUAUUGAAUGCUGCCAGCAUAGUUAGUCUGGUUUCGGUUUGCUUUUUUGCAUUUUCUAUGCUUGUGUGCUGUGUGUAACAAACAGACAGCACACAAGCCAAGGUAGUGGUAGAGCCCUAGGAACACGCCGUGUGUUCCUACGGCUCUACCACUGCCUCCAGCGCUGCUGCGAAAUGAUAAAAGUUUAGUGACACUUGCAUUGUUCUAAAGUACGAAUAGAAAGAAAGCGUGUCAGGUGGUGGAUUACGCGCAUGCGCACUAGUACAUAAGGGGAAAAUUAUAAGUUGAUCAUUCCAUUAUUAUAAAAAUGAACAGGCAAAGGGCCGUCGUUGACGCAGCUGCUAGUGGAGAACCAUGUCGAAUACGGACUGAUACCCAAAACCGAUGAAGCUCGGAUGCUAAAGAAGCGGCGAUCUAUGGACUAUGUCAUCAAAAAUUUCGUCGUGCACGAUGGGCAGAACACACAAGAGGUACUUAUAUAUCAUAUGUUUUUCUCGUUCUUCUUCUUGCUCGUGCGCUAUAGUAUACAUUCAUCAAUGUGCUAUAGCGCUUAAAGGAGCGUGAGCGACAAACCGUCUUGAAUAAGCGCUGCCGCUCCACGCGAAAGAGCAACCUGAACCUUGACCUUCAUGUGAGUGGUACUGCAUUCAUCUUGUCGAAAAGUAGAGGAAAUAAGUACUGUAUCGAAGUGUUUUCUUUCAAAAUGAAAACAGCUUGCAGUGAUUCGGGAGGAACUCGCAGCACUGCAGCACGACAUCGAAGAAAUCGUCACGGAGCUCCGUGCCAAGCUCCGCCUGCUCACGAAAGAAACCAUCUUGGAGCGAAAAGACAAGCUCCGCAUCAUUCAAAAGCGGGAGCUGCGACGGUGGAAGAGCUUAGCACUUGCAGACCGAGCCGCCUACGAAGGCCCGGUAUGAAUAGCAAUAGCUUACUUACACCAUUUUCCCAUGAUGAUCAUGAUUUGUAAUUGCAUGUACUUAUGAUCUCCUGUGUGUAGAAGUACUUUUAUUCUAGUACAACUCUCCGGCAGCAGCACGACGAAGAUUCUAAUAAUUCGUGCUCUCUUCAUCCCACCACAGGUCCUUGCACCGACAAACGACGUGAUAUUGCACCCCGACAACAAAUCGGAGUACGAAGCGGUACGGCGAGUCACGGUUAUCUACAAAAACUGGGACCUCCUGCUGAAGCUCAAGUACGAGGACGACUACUUCGAGAGGCGAAGGGAAGCGCGACUCACUCCCGAAGAGAUGGCCCCGCAAGAAGACGACGACGACGAGCCGAAUGACGACGACUAAGUGUACUGUUAAACACACCAAUAAAAAUGAAGUUUGAGCGUACACUGUUCGUUGUGCUGCUGUUGUUUCAAGAACAUUCGUGCAUUUUUUUUCUUUACAGCACGGCGACGGCCUCGGUACUAUUCCUCACUUUUUCUCAUUAUGUUUUUUUUUCAAUUUUUCUCUUUUUAUUUUUUUUCGCGUAUUAAUUUCACCAAUAUGAGUCUCUGUUUUUCCCCUAUUAAGUAGAUAACGCAUAUAUUUAUCAUGUUUUUCUGUCCCGACGCCUUCCCUGCUUUUCGGUUUUUUAUAUCACUAGUACAUGACUGAGUUUCAAGUUAGUUGUACGUAGAGGUAGAGGACUUAUCAUGCGACCCAAAAGUAUUUUGUUUCGCGCCAGUCAGGAGGAGGUGCUUUCUUUUUCACGUGCUGCCUGUCGACCAUAGAUUUCCCUUAGUGUUAGUCGACUGCGCCCGCCAGCAGCAUUCUGGACACGCACACACGACAGACAAGCGCCAUCCGACUUCUUGUUCGGAGUAGAUGACAAGGUGCAUUCAUCUCAUAAUUGCUGACCUGACUUUAUUACAGCUAGGUGCAAAUAAUUCUCUUGUCUACUACUUCUUCUUUGAUGUUGGUGUGCUGGUGCAAAAUCAUCACAAUGCAACACUGCUAGUAGCAGUAGCACGAACGAGUCUGCUGGAAACUUCUGCAGGGUUCACCAACAAGCAAUCGGAUUUUCGUACCUUUCGCACAUUGCGGUGAAGUAGUAAGAUGAAAAGUUUCCGCUUUAU